AUGUCAUUAAAUUUAUUAACCAGUAUUGCUGUUGAUGAGUUACCACCAAAAUUAGAGGAGAUGGUAACAGUCAAAAACACAGACUCUAUACCAACAGUAUUUAAAACAUUAUCCAAACAUGGUAUCUUAUCAGUUCCAGUUUUAAAUGAACAAAAUAGACCAAUAGGUCUUGUAGAUUAUGUAGAUAUUGUAAAUUGUGUUGUACAAAUUAUAAAUCAUACAGAUCUUUUAGGAAACGAUUAUUAUUCAUUUUUGGAAAGAGAAGAUCUUUUUAAUCAUACAUAUGCCUCAUAUGUUACUGAUUUAUCACAAAGAAAUCCAUUUAUUCCAGUUGUAAAGGGUGCAUCAUUAUUAGAAGCAAUUACAAUCAUGACCAAAAAUAAAAUUAAUAGAGUCCCAGUCAUUGACAAUAAUUUAAAUGGUGAUGGUGCCGCUAUUGUAAAUCUUAUUACUCAAUCAGCAAUUCUUUCAUACAUUGGUAAAAACAUCGAAUCUCUUGGUAAAUGGGCACUCAAACCAAUUAAAGAACUAGGUUUCAAAGAGAAAAAAGUUAUUUCGAUUGAUUUCAAUAAAAGAGCUUUAGAUGCUUUUGAAUUAAUGGCAAGUCAUAGAGUUAAUGGUGUAGCAGUAAACGAUGAAAAAGGUCACAUCAUUGCAAAUAUUAGUGCUAGAGACUUAAAAGAAUUAUUAAAUGAAACAAGAGUUUUUGAAAAUCUUUAUCUUUCAGUAGGUGAAUUUAUUUCAAAGGUAAGACAACAAGAUUAUAAAGCCGUUAAUCCAAGUAUAUCAUGCCAUAUGAAUGACUCACUAGCAAGCAUCAUUACAAGAAUGGUUGCAGCUAAAAUUCACCGUGUUUAUAUUAUAGACGAAGAAAGAAAACCAAUAGGAGUCAUCAGUAUUCACGAUAUUUUGAAUAAAAUUUUAGAACAUAUUAAUAAUCUUACAAUUAAACCAAUGCAAUAAAUUUUUUACUUUAUAAAAU